AUGUGUACCGGUCUCCGUGUACUAGGAAAAGGUGGGAAGUCAGCUGACGGGCUAGCCACCUGCACAUAUGUCAAAGCGAGACAUGUCUUAUGUGAGAAACGAGGGAAGAUCAAUGAAGCAUACAAGAAGCUGCAAGAUGGUUGGCUUAGCAAUGGAGAUAAGGUUCCACUAGCUGAGUUUGCUAAGAUAGCUGCAGAAUAUUCGGAAUGCCCAUCUGGGAAGAAGGGUGGAGACCUUGGAUGGUUUCCACGUGGCAAAACGGCCGGCCCAUUCCAGGAAAAUGCCUUCAGCACACCCAUUGGAGCUACCAGUGCACCCAUCAAAUCAACAAAGACGAAGAAGAAGAGGUGUUCAAGCGUCCAUUUCUAA